CAGUCGGACUUCUUUGAAUGUUUCUUGCUGUUUGGGAUCUCUUUACUCACUCAGUUAUCUGUAGAUCAGGAGGUAACAGUAGCUUUCCAUCGGAAUAAGUAGAUAGAUCAGGAAGCAUCGCCGCACUCAGUAAUAUCUUGUCAUGGAUGACCCAGAUUUGGGCUUCGAUUUGAAUAAUAUGAAGAAAAAGAAGAAGAAGAAGAAGACCCCAAUCGGCUUCGAUGCUGAUUUGGGUGCGGGUGCAGCGGAGGCUCCUACCGAGGCGGCCGAAGCAGUCCCUGCUGAAGAUGCUGCUGCUGCUGCAGCAGGAGGAGCAGCAGCAGCAGCAGCAGCAGCUGACGACGUUACAGAUGAUUUGGGUGCUUUCAACCCCAGCAUGAAGAAAAAGAAGAAGAAGAAGAAGGCUGCACCAGAAUUUGAUGCGCUAGCAGGUGCUGAGAGCGGGGAUGUUCUUGUAGACGAUGCUACUUCAGGGGCUGCAGAUGAAGCAGAGGCCAGCGCUGAUCAUGACUACACUUAUCAAGAGCUGCUUGAUAGGGUGUUUGAGAUCAUGCGAGCAAAGGACCCAGGCGGUGGAAUUGGAGAGCGCCCGAAGUUUGUGCUAAAGCCUCCCCAGGUGACACGUAUCGGAACAAGAAAAACAUCAUUUGUCAACUUCACAGAGAUCUGCAAGCUAUUGCAUCGUCAGCCAAAGCACUUGUUAGCCUUCAUCUGCGCUGAGCUUGGUACAAGUGGCUCCGUUGAUGCCAACAACCAGCUGAUCAUCCGUGGUCGCUACCAACAGAAGCAGAUUGAGAGUGUGCUCAGACGUUACAUCAAGGAGUACGUCACUUGCCACACAUGCAGAUCUCCAGAGACCAUCUUGCAGAAGGAGACGCGCCUGUUCUUCUUGCAGUGCGAGCGCUGCAAUUCGCGCUGCUCCGUAGCUACCAUCAAGUCUGGUUUCCAGGCCGUCACACAGAAGCGUGCAGCACAGAGAGCGAAGCAGCAAUAGACACGAUCUCGCUCCCAUUCAGGGUUCUAUUUGUUGUUAUGCGUAUAGCGUAUUUUCUCUAAUAAAAGCUCAGGUCUCCAAUAAUGACCCGGGGUGAGGGUUUGAAAUGAUAAGAGCAUAGUCUCUAAUAGUAGCGCGGGUCACAAUUGGAGUAUGCAACAAGUAUAUUGACUGCAUAUAAAACAGCAGUACAACAUGCCAAGAACAUAUUUUGUAAGGAGGUUUUCGGUCUACUGCUUCCUUCCUGGCGCAAUGCUAUUGUGAAACAUCUGUUUUGACAAUAUUCCAGUCUCUAAUAGUAGCGCGGGUAGAGCUGUCACUGAAAAAAUAAGAACCCCGGGCUCUUAUUAGAGAAAAUACGAUAAUAUAUGUGUCUGUUUUAACUUAAGUCUGCGCAUGAUUGAAUCAUGAAUGUGUUCUGUACCAGCUCGCUGUGCGGGCUGUUUUGUUUCUUUCUUUCUUUCUUUUUUGUGUGUUUCUGUGUAUAGGAACGGGGUUGAUACAUGCACCCUUAUUUUGUAGGCUUAGAACGUUGCUGGCGAUUUACUGCAUUUCCGUGAACAUUGACGAGUGUUUCUGUGUAUAGGAACGGGCCCGAUACAUGCACCCUUAUUUUGUAGGCUUAGAACGUUGCUGGCGAUUUACUGCAUUUCCGUGAACAUUGACGAGUGUUUCUGUGUAUAGGAACGGGGUUGAUAGUCAACUUGAUACAUGCACCCUUAUUUUGUAGGCUUAGAACGUUGCUGGCGAUUUACUCCAUUCCCAUGAACAUCGACAGUUUGAAUAAACCUGUUGAAUCCCA